UGGAAAAAUUAGUGUAUCUCUCUGGAUUGUCAGGGAGCUGCCGAUUUGUGUUUCCACGUCUCACACUGGUCAGAUCAUCAGACAGAUAGAGACUGGUAGGUGCAGUGUUUGGGUCCAGAAUGACAGGACUGAAGUGGACCUUGCCCCUCAUCUUCUCCCAGACUCUGAAGGACAGGUUGCCCAGGUGUUUGGCCACAUCUAUCAGAGCUCCUGAGACCAGCUGUGGAUCUGACAGUGAGCUCUGGGCUCUGGCUCUGGUCUGAGUGGCUUUAUAACUGCUGAGGAACGCCACCUUGUGUUUCUGCAGCUCUUCUUCAACAGCACAGAUACUGUCUGACAGAGAGGAGAUCUGCUCCUGAAUCCUGAAUCUGUAUUUAAGUCCAGUACUUGAGUAAAUGUACUUAAAUAAUAAUAAAGUCACUCAUAGAGUUUUUACUUUUAUUUAUAUCUUUUAAAAUUUUAUUCGUCUUAUUUUUUCAUUAUUUAUUGUUUUGUUUUUAAUCAGGAUUAAAUUUCUUUUAAUAAAGCUUCAUUUAGAAAAAACGUCACGGUCGCGUGAUGACGUUGCUAUGACGGCGGUUGUUUAAAUGUAAUAAUAAUAAGAAUAAUACAUCACAUUUCUACAGCGCUUUUCUUUUUGACAGUAGAACAAAAGUAGGUAGCUAACGACUAACAACCAGCUUUAGAUUGAGUCUCUGUGGAGGUUUGUGAACCUGAACCUUUAACGAUGCCUCCGAAGACUAAAAGCAAGAAGAAGGCCGAGAAGUCGAAGUCACCUGCGGUGGUGGACGGUCUGUCCACGGAGGAGAUGAGCAAGGACCAGCUGGAGGAGCACAUCAUCCGCCUCCGGGAGGAGCUGGACCGAGAGCAGGAGGAGAGGAGACACUUCCUGCUGGAGAGGGACAAGAUCCAGACCACCUGGGAGGUCGCCAAGAGGAACCUGGAGGAGGUGAAGGACCAGCUGAGGAACAGACGGAGGGAGAGGGAGGAGGCCAAGGGGUGCCACCGAGUGGAGAUCAGUAAGCUGAAUCAAGUCCUGUCCGAGCAGCACAACACCGUCUCUGAGUUGAAGAUGAACGAUGUGGCCUCGGCCUCACUCGCCCAGAACCAGCACACAGAGUUGGAGCUCGGCCUCCAGAGGAACAUUCACGGCCUGGAGGCGGACUGCAGGGAGAAGAGGCUCCAGAACCAAAACUGCAUCAAGGAGCUAAAACUGAAACACCAGGUGAAGCUGAUGGAGCUGAUGAACGACUGCAUCAGGAGGAUCAGAGAAAUGGAGGUCGAAUAUCACAUGAAGACGCAGUUGACAAUCAAGGAAGAGGACAAACGGAGGAAGAUGGAGGUCGACGAGCUGGACAAGCGGAUGAAGAGUCGUGUCACGGCUUUGGUGCAGGAGAACAGCAGAGCUCUGAAGGAAGUGGAGGACAUUUACUGUACUGAUCAGAACAGAAUGCUGAAGGAGGAACUUUCAGAGGUGCAGAGGCAGUAUGCUCGAGUGGACAGAGUGCUUUCAGCAGCUCAGCAGAAAAACAAACGUCUGCGUGAGUCUCUGCCGGAGGAAGAACAGAAUCUGCUGAAGCUCCAGAAACAGCCGGAGGCCAAGAACAAGAUGGCGGCUUUGAGAGCUCGUGUGACGGUCAUGGAGAAGAAGCGGAGAGAUCUGACGGUGAAGUACGAGCUGCUGCUGCAGGCGUGUGAAAAGGUUCAGCAGGAGCGAGACGAGCUGCAGAGGAAGCAGACGGAGGCCAUCCUGGACCUGCAGCAGAGGAGCGACAUGAAGGAGCUGCUGCUGGAGAGGAAGCUGACCACUCUGACUGAGACUCUGGAGAAGAAGGAGGCUCAGCUCUGUGCCGUGCUCUCUGCCUCUGCCGCCGACCAAACGGCAAGAAGCAGCACCACAAAGAAACUUGAGGAGAUCUUGGAGACUAAACAAGUCACCAUCAGCACCUUAAAGGAGGAACUGGCUCGAGAUUCUAAGGAGUAUGAGGACCUGCUGCAGACCUGCAGGGAGAGGCUGAAGGCUCUGGGCGUCCCUCAGCACGACUUCCCCUUCAGACCUGCAAAGCAGAUCCUGAACACACCGCCCCCCAAACACUGAACUAACACUCAGCUCCUUCACCUGGAAACUUCUCCACCUGAAAACUGUAGAUUUUCUAUGUUUUGUACAAAUUUAUCCUGUUUUUAAAUUGUUGCUGGUGACAACAGAUGAACUCUAAAUCACAACAAUAAAAAUAUUUUUGACUGGAGACAUUUUGAUUUGUCUGAGUUCAUUUACAUCUUUUCUUAAGUUAAAUUUGUUUCAUU